UGUGCGCAUGCGCGGGGCCGUGACCGUUGGCGGCGUUUGCGUUCGAAUCGCGGGCGCCAUGGGGGAGGAAGGGUCCCGCAUCCCCCUCUGCACCGCACUGCACCGACCCCCGCCUCACACCGAAAUGCAGGUGGCUUUUCCUUCAAAAAAACAAUGUGUCAACAAAGCAGCAGAUCUGGAGUUGAACAAAGACCCCAAUUUUAACUUCAGCUCGCAGAUCCCAGCAGAUGGUGUCUUCAAGGCUACAAACCAAGGGUUGCCUAAAUCUACCAAGAAAGUGGAACCAGUAGCAAAGAAGGCAGCUAUCAGAGGGCCUCACAACAGAUACAAAGUAGAAGCAGAGCUGAAGGCCAAGAAUCAGCUGUUAGAAACAGCUAAACAACAGCUACACUCCAGGCUCACAGCAGCACAGGGAACUAUAAAGGAGCUGAAGGAGGAGAAUGAAGGCCUGGUCCAAGAAGUUGAGAAGCUCAAGAAGUUUCAGGAGACUUGCAUGGUGAUUUUAGAAAGCAGAAACAUUGAUCCUGUUACAGGCAGCAGCAUUGUGGAGGAGGAAGAAAAGACACGAGAAUGCCAGGAGCAGACAAGGCUGCUAACUGAGAAGCUCAUACAAGAAUUGAGGGUGUUUAAUCAAACAGCUGCAAAGGAAAAGGAGGAGCUCCAGGCAGCCAUGGCCAAGUGGAAAUCAGCUGAAGAGGAGAGGCAGCAGUCCCUGGAGAAGCACUGCUCCUUCCAAGCAGAAAUCAAGGAAUGCUCUGCAGUACUCGAUGAGCUGAAGCUGCUCCUGGCUAUGUGAGAACGAGGAAGGACUCUUACUUACCCUUUGGGGGUUUUUCCUCUUUUAUUUCUAGUUCAGCAGUCCCUGCUUUACAUACCCAGUCGGUCCAGUCGGUGCCCGAGCCGAGGAGCGGGUGUGCCCCCCGGAGGGACGGUGCUGGGGGGAGGUCACCCGUGUGCCAGCCACUCGGGACCUCUCCUUGCUCUUCCCACACCCGCCGGGGCUCUCGCCGUGCCGCUGAACGGCUCCUGGGUUGCGGGCCGUCGGGGUGUUGUAGCUGUCGGUGUUUUUAACGCAUUAAACGUUCUGGAAGGCU